AUGUUUGUUAAAAAAUCAAGUGUAUCCUCAGUGGGGAUCAUAAGGAGAUGCUUAUCAACACAAAGACCACCUUUCUACGAGGUUUUCCCCAAAAAAUCCAUUAUGAAUAGAGUCCUUUUCGAUUUGGAUAGUAGACAUAGUUAUAGGAAACUUUAUACUGUUUAUGAAAAUGUUUACAAAACUUUAGAUAAUGAUGAAGAACCAGUGAUACCCAAAUUUGUUGAUGCCUCUGAUUUAAUGAUUAUGAAGAAAUCAUUAGAAGCUAUUAGAACAAGGUCUCAUGCAACAAAUAAACAUUUAUUACAAUUAGAAAAUGAAUUAACUGAAAAAGCUGCUGAACAUGGUAAUAACGAUGCUGUUUCCCUUUUGGCUUAUGAAGCUUUCAUGGAUAAAGAUGCUCCAAAAGAUGAUAAAGAAUAUGCUAAAGAAUUAAUCACCAAAUUAUUAGAUAUGAAACAUCCUUUAACUACAAAAUUAAGUGCAGAUACAUGUAUUCAAAAUGGAAUGGUUGAAGAAGGUGAACAUCUUUAUUUAGAAUUUCUUAAAUUAGAAAAUGAUACAUUUUUAGCAUCUGAAGUUUAUAAAGGUUUAGGGAUGUUAUAUUUCCAAAGAGCUGAUUUAACAAAGAGUAAAUUAUAUUUUGAACAAUCUGUUAAAACUGGUCCUUUAGAUAAAUUAGCUGAAGUUCAUUAUUAUUUGGGUCAACUAACAACAAAUGAUGCCGAUAGAUCAAAAUAUCAUUUAGAAAUAAGUGCAAGUCAAGGUUUUUUACAAUCUUUCCCAUUAUUAGGAUUUUUAGAAUUGAAUUAUUUUCAAAAUUUAACAAAAGCAAGAGAAUGGUUUAAAUUAGGUUCAGAAAUGGGUGAUGUUCAAUGUGUAAUUGGAUUAUUUGAUUGUUUUAUUAAAUUAGAUGAUUUGAAGAUUGCAAGUAGAUUAUAUCUAAACUUAAGAGAAAGUUUAUCAAAUUCAAAAGAUCAAGAAGCACAAACAGUUUGGAAGCAUUUCAUUGAAAGUCGUGGAGACUCAAUUAAUAAAGUUAAAGAUCUUGUUUAUUCAAAUGAAACUGUAACAGGUAAUAUAGUCAAAGAUACAUUAUCAUCACAAUUGAAUAAAAAGACUACAGAUAAGAAUAAUAGAUGGGGUAUAUAA